UGCCACUGCCUUUUGGUUUAUUUCUUUUUUUCUCACAAGUUAUCUUCAUCACUCAACAAAAGAGACCUCAAACCUGAUAAUCAAUUCAAUUCAAUUCUUCCCCACUCACUAAUCCUUCACCAAAAAUCAAUCGAAAUCUCAACAAUAAUUUAUGGGUUCAGUUUUAAUUUGAGUCAACCAUAUUAGAGAUCUUACUUUGAUACUUAGAUUGGAAUUAAAGAUUUUGGGAAAAGACAUGAAUCCCAGAAGCCUAGAAGAUUUUUGGAGUUUGUAUGUAAGUCAACAUUCAAAAGCAUCAACUCGUCGUUGGCAUUUCAUUGGUACGGUAACUUCCAUCUUCUUUAUAAUCAAUGCAAUUCUCUUCAAAUGGUGGUUGAUUUUGUUUGCGCCUGUAUUUGGGUAUGGAUUGGCUUGGUAUAGUCAUUUCUUUAUUGAAGGGAACACCCCAGAGACAUUUAGACAUCCGUUUUGGUCUCUUUUAUGUGAUUUCAAGAUGUUUGGUUUGAUGCUUACCGGUCAAAUGGAUAAAGAAAUCAAAAGGCUUGGAAAAAGACCUGUGUUGCAGGUCUUCUGAUCAAUCCAACUUGUAAUUGUUUGUCAAUGUUUCAACUGGUAGUUGUGCUGUACAUAGAACAUUGUCACUGGAACUCUACAAGACUUUGCAGAACUCUCCACAACACUGUAUUAGUCUUAUUUCUCCACCAUACAUAUAGGCGCUUUAGUUUUAUUUUGUUGAUGUCUGUAUUGAGUAAAUCCAUGUACUUCAAUUUCUGAAUCAUGAAUAUAUGAAUGGAAUGUCAGAUGUGAUGUUUUGAUGUAGAGUAGUAAAGAAUUUGUGGGUUUCCUAAGUUCCAUUGUUAUAUUCGAGUUAGAAAGCUAGUCUUGGUCUGGUGCGGCCAUUGGUUGUAUUGAACUUGUAUGAUGGUAUUUCACUCUUGUGCUCCUCUGGCCAGUAUAAAUUCGCACCAUGGAUGGUUUGAGGAUCUAUGGAUGUUUCUUCCGGUGCUAAGAGCUGCCUGCCUCUGCUGAAGCAUGCCUCUUCCCACUAGAAGUAAACCGAAUUUGCAAAUUGCAGCGCUGCCAAGUUUAAGAUGAAGUCUUUGUGUAAUGAACUAUACUAGCUGACAAGCAAUGAAGCAAUUGCAGUUGGUCAUUGGCUCAUUUUGUUUGUGUAUAAAAUUCACUUUAAGAAAUUUGGAGAAUUCCAUGGCUUAAUUAGCAGGUGUAUAAAAGUAUAUCUUACUUUGGUGUCUCAGUUA